AUGCAGCCCCGCCGCUCCCUCCCCUACAGCCAGCAGCCUCCCUACCCAGGCUCUGCCGCCGCCCAGGCUGUCACUGCUGCACUCUCCAACCCAUACGCUGCGGCACAAGCGCAAAAUGGAUACGCUCAGGCAGCACACUACGCACAGGCGUACGCUCGGUACUACAAUGGCGCGGGCCCCUCGUCGAUGACCGCCGACGGCUACACCAUCUCCUCGACCUACGUCCCGGGCACAAACUACAAUAACGCCCCUCGCAAUCCGCGCACCCAAGACCUCUCCUCCAGCGAUCAGAGGCCGCGCGGGGUGGGGCAGGCGGGGCCGGGCUGCACGUUCUCAGGCUCGCACAAGUCGGUGGAGGUCCACAUGAUGGACCGGCACCUCGUCUAUCCGCCCGGAUGGGAGCAUAGGAAACGCAGGGACGACUGGGACGCGGACCCCAGCCUCAAAGGGAAGCCCGUGCCGAUCCAGGGCACGUCCGUCCGCCUCGACACGCCCGAGACGAUCGCGGCAUGGAUUGCGGAGCGCAAGCGCCGCUUCCCGACGGCACAGAACGUCGCGGAGAAGGAGCAGAAGAUGCGCGAGGCCGUCGCGCGAGGGCAGCUCCCGUUUGAUGACGGCCGCUCGCGCAAGCGCCGCCGCACGGACGGCGAGGAUGGCGGCGACCGCGACGGUGGACUUAGGGGCCGCGGACGUGGGCGUGGGCGCGGACGGGGCAGAGGGCGCGGGAGGGGGCGCGGUGGGGCACGGAGUGAGGACCGGGGCUGGGAGGGCAGGAAAGCCGCGGAGGGGGAGGCCGCGACGUCGACUGCGGGGAAUGCGUCGAAACAGGCUGCCCUCCUCGGUGAAUCUGGCUCGAGCUCGGAGUCUGAUUCGGACUCGGAUGGUGCGCCCGAGGUCGUCUCUUCCAAGGCACCGUCUGGGACCACCGCUGAGGAGCCUCGGGAAGAGGGCGUUGAGGAUAGAGAAGGUUCGGACGGAGGUAGUGAUGAAGAAGCGAGCAUGGACGUAGAUCCAGGCGAGCGCCCUCGCGGGCGCGCCCCCGAGCCGUUCAAGAAACCCCGAGCGAAGCAGCCCAGGGGUCCGCUGCACAACCCUUUCGCGCAGCGGCCGUCUCUGCUCCGGAACCUACUUGCCCCAGAAGUUCGCAUGACCGUGUCGAACCUCUCGCAGGCAAUACGAUUUCUCGUCGGCAACGAUUUCUUGGACAACGUCGAGCUGAAGCCCGGUCAAGCCCAGCAGCGGAUGAUUGAGGUCAUGGACAAUCAACCCGCUGCCUCGGAGCCUCUGGAACCGACCUCUCAGACGGAGACACACCAAGCGACUGAGGUUGAGGGUUGA